ACCGUCGCCAUGACUGCGUUAGAAACUUACCAUGACUUCUUUCAUAAAGAUAAGCAAUGAUCAUCGCCUAUGAUGAGCCCUUAACGCGUUUGGCUCAAAAACAACUGUUCAGCACCAUGGACAAAGUCAACCAACAAAACUCCAUCUUGGCUCUGGAUUUCAUCAACAUAUAAAGUAAGUUUUAGCGCAUGGAGCAACGCGGAGAGGGAUAUGGAGAAGCAGAACAGGCUGACUAUAAAAGUUAUUAUAUAGAUUUAAAGGUUACUAAAUAAGCUAAGUAAUUUAUUUGACAUUUUUAACGUUUUUCUUAAUGACUUACGAUAUCAAGUGUCUUGAUCAAGGACACAAUGGUGAUAGAACCCUCGUGGGGUUUGAACAAACAUCCUUUGACAUAUCAGCCCAGAUAUUUAGCCACUAAACUACAACACCCAGACACCGACUGUGAUGUUUAAGAAAAUCAACGCAGCUUUCCGUCCGAACCAUCUUGGACCUCGCUCCCGGGACAGGUUCAGGCCCAAUGAGGACUACCACAGCGCGUGCACUGUGAAACUGGUCCGGAGCACGUCUAUGCUCGUGGUCGGGGAGAGCAGACGCGCCCCGCAGGACACCACGCUGAAGCGGAGCGUGAGCGCCGUGAGCGUCGAGUCCAGCACGGCCCUGUAUUACUACCAGAGCCGAGAGGACCGAGUAUGGCUCUAUUCCCAGGACCAGAACUGCUUAGAGUACUUACAGGAACUGGUGGCGAUCAGGCGUCAGUACACUAAGAGCAUCAAUGACCUCAAGAACAGCGAACGUAAAGAGACCACGUCCCGCAAGAAGAAGCCCGCACCCCGGCCACCGCAAAACAGAGCUGCACAGACUUCAAGGCCUGAACCUUCUGCUCCACCAAUCCCAAAUGAGGAAGACACACUCCAGUUCUUUGAUGCAGUCAUUGCAAGCUGUGACCCAGAGCCCUGUCGAAAACCACAUAUUGAUAAUGGGCAUGCAGAUGUGGACUUCAUAGUGGCUACUAGUACCAGCGAACAUGACCUUCACUCUAACUGGGUACUUCGGGACCCUCGUCGAAUCUCCAUGAUGGAGUCGCAGCCCAAGAAUUCAGAUAUCAGUCACGGGCAGGCAGCCCAGCGGAAGGGGGACAUGGGAAGCACAGGUAGCAGGAGACGUCUGCAACGAAACCCAAUCCACCUGCCGAAAGUGGUGGAGAGUGCCUUUCAGACUCUGCGCUUCAAACCCAAGCUCAAGAAGAAAGACUAGCCGCUUAAGCAACACUGUUUAAUUCCACUGUUUGUGCCCAGAUGACAACUAAAAGUUCACAGUUGUGCGAACAAGAAGUUGGACCUGGAAGAAAGAAUAAGGAAUAGUCUGAAUCACCACAGAAGAUGUGAGCUCUGUGAUGUUAUGUCAAUGCUUACUCACUGCCCAAGCUUCAUAAAUUAUCCACAGCAGAUCCGAAUCUUUUUGUCAGCAGCUCUCGAUAACAAACGCUUAAGGCAAUUAACAGAGCAUAACCACUGAACAAUCAUCCUGUGCACUGAUUCCAGCAACAAGAAUUUCCUUAUCACAAUAACGCAGAUCCGAGAAUCACCUAUCAGGUGAAACAGUCAGAUAUUCAGACAGGGAUCAGACAUAUAAGUGAUGCAAAACACAUCAAGGCCAAGGGGCUAGCUAUUAACUGCCUAGUUAUGAUAGGUGAGUCUUAAUUAACCAAAUCCAAAACUAACACCUGCAUUUUGCAUUUGUUAAGUGUAAUACAGUAAAACUUUGAGGAUACUUACUAUAGCAUUAUGAUAUCCCUGGUACUAGGUGCCUUAGUGUGUAGAUUUAUACAAUCUUUGAUGAUUUGUGAUUAUCUGUAAGAAUACCAGUA